UGCAGUCAGAGGCCGUAUGCCCAGCAGAGGGGGAAGGGGAACGCACUAACCAGUCCUUACAAGGACAGUAAACAGAUUCUUUCUGAAAGAAAGUCCAGCUACAACUCUUGGCAAAUUGACCCAAAUCUGGAAAUAACCUGCCUGGAAAAUAAGCAUUUGUUUUGACAAGGGUGUAACUCUUAGUUCUCCAUGUGGGGCCUUCAGAUAAGAGCUGCAUUUCUAAAACGUAUGUUGUUUGGGCUUCUGCGACUGCAGUGAUACUGACACAGGAGUCCAGCGUUCUGCAUUCGGCACUGCUAUGUCAACACAGACCCAUGAGGUGCAGGAAAACCAAUAGAAUGUCCAAAUCUGACAAAAUAACAUUUAAGAUAAUUGUUGGUCUUACAAUACUUCUUACCACCUUGUUUAGCUUCAUCAUUCAUCUUAAGCCCAACAACUUUAAUAACCUUCAAAACCGAUAUAGCAUUUUCUCUGCUUGGAGAAAUGCUGAAAUCCCAAACAUUUCCCAAGAACCAGUAAAGAUAGACCAACAAAUAAGUGAGAUGUUGAAUCAUGUAAAUCGGUCUAUGCCAAACGUGGACUUCACAUACCUAAAUCAAACAACCAGUGCCAAUAAUAGCACAGCAACCAUUGUAAAUUAUAAACCUAUCUACUGUGUUGGAGAUAAUGUAACAGUUCGAGUCGAUAUGUAUAACUACUUGGGAGAAAAGAAGACUUAUGGAGGAGACUUCUUACGAGCUCGGAUUUUUUCCCCAAACCUUGUUGCUGGAGCUUCAGGGAAAAUUGAGGAUUUUCACAAUGGGACCUAUAAUGUGUAUUUCACUCUGUUUUGGAAAGGUCAAGUGAAGAUAUCUAUUCUCUUGAUCCAUCCUAGUGAAGGAGUCUCCGCUUUAUGGAAGGCAAGAAACCAUCAAUACAACUAUAUUUCGUAUACUGGAUUAUUCCUCAACAACAGUAAUACGGUUUCCACAAGAUGUGACUUUUCUUUAGAUGAAAAGGGAGAAAAAUGUGAAUAUGUGGAUAAAAGGUACGGAGAGUCCUUCUACUGCAUGAGACCUUCCGGUGUAGCUUGUGAGGCUUUCAUAUCUCUGAAGAGUGGUAACAAACCUUACACUUCUUUCACCGAUGAACAGAAGAAGCUCUUUAUGAGGUCCUUCACUUAUGGUGUAGAGAUUCCUAAACUAAUUGAAAGUGUUAACGUUCUGGAGUGUCCAGCCUGCCCAAUGAAAGUGUCAACAUCAGCAUGUCAAACUGGGAUGUUCCCCCCUUUCCCCAGUGGAUAUUUCCUGAACAACCAAUGGUUUCCGAUAUACUGCAACCUUACAACUUAUAACCCCAUUUAUAAUAUUAAAACCUGUUUGGCUGGUAAAAUGAUAUAUUUGAUGGGAGAUUCAACAAUUCGUCAGUGGAUUGAGUAUAUCCCGAAAAUCAUGAAGACAUAUUUGCUCUAUAAUAAUCAUGGAAUUGGCAGGCAUAAGACCAUUUUAGGAUAUGAUUUCACAAACCAGAUUUAUAUUCAAUGGAAGAAGCAUGGACACCCAUUUGUAACUCAGAGUUUCUUCAACAUGAAAGACCAUUCCUAUAUCACUAAUGAAAUUGACCUGAUUGGCGGAGGCGCUUACACCAUCAUCGUCAUUUCUGUAGGACAACAUUUCAGACCCUUUCCCCUUGACCUGUUCAUCAGAAGAGUUCUCAAUAUUCGCAAAGCCAUUGAAAAUUUGUUUUUAAGAAGCCCUGAUACCAAAGUCAUCAUAAAGUCAGAAAAUACCAGAGAAAUGAAUGGUGAUGUUGAACGAUUCAGUGAUUUCCAUGGAUACAUCCAAUAUCUCCUGGUGAAGGACAUUUUCAGAGGACUUAAUGUUGGUGUGAUCGAUGCUUGGGACAUGACCACAGCCUAUGGAUCGUAUAGCGUCCAUCCACCAGAAGAAGUCAUUAAAAAUCAAAUCAAUCUUUUUCUUUCUUACAUUUGUUAAUGAAAUUAAUGUAUGUAGAAAAAUGGAAGAAGACUACAAGACCGCCAGAUCUUCAGUUGCGCUUAAGCUAUAAGAGUUUGGUCUCCCCAACAGGUAACAUUUUGUUUGGUAAGAGUAUAGGGGAUAAGAUGUCUUAUCUUGGGGUCCCAGGGCCGGUGACCCCCACGAUCUCCCUGCUGCACCUGGCGUUCGUUUAGAGCAUCAGGUGCAGCGCCGGAGGCUCGUGACAUCACUGCCACGCCCCGCUUAAAGUACCCCUUUUAAGGCUUAUGCACAAUUAAAGAAAAAUGGUGGUGCUGUAGUCGUUUUUCAUUUAUUUUUUAUUUUUAAUGACUACUGGGGCCUGGAAGGGUCCAGGCCUAACAUUGUAUAAACCUGAAGCAUGGUUUGCAUUUAGAAAAUAACUAGAGGUACAUCGCCGCACUUGUGAAGAAAGCUUUAAAUUAUUUCAGCAUACAAAAAAAACAUCACAUGGCUGGUGAGGAACGCAGAGAAUGAUGCGUUUUGAGCUGAAAACCCACUCUUAAAGGGGUACUCUGGCGCUUAGACAUCUCAUCUUAGGCAGCUGUCACGCCCCCUCCCAUAGGAUUGCAUUGAGGGGGGCCGUGAUCGGCAGUAAUCAGACCCGGAGUGAACACGCUCCGGGGACUGAUUUUAACUGGGUGUGGUGUGCAAGAACAUGGGGGUCUUCAGCGGCGGGACCCCCGCGAUCAGGCAUCUUAUCCCCUAUCCUUUGGAUAGGGGAUACGAUGUCUAAGCGCCAGAGUACCCUUUUAAUCGUACUUAUCUCUGGUGUUGGCAGAAUCCUUUUAUGUUGAUGGAGUUUUUGGACAGACCGGAAACACCUGUGGCCAGUUAACCCCGCGCACAACAAGGUAUGCAAGAUAAUACUAAGAUAUAAUAAAGACAAAUGUACAUAUAAUGUGGAAAAGAAAAAUAGGACUAUACGAUAAAAACUUUGUCAAACACAAGGAACAAUAUGCAAUGAUAUACCUUAACCCCUUAAGGACUCAGGGUUUUUUCGUUUUUGCACUUUCGUUUUUUCCUCCUUACCUUUUAAAAAUCAUAACCCUUUCAAUUUUCCACCUAAAAAUCCA